AUCACCGUCGUCCGCUUCUCUGUGGUAAUUCGGGCUGAUUCAUUGUAGAGCCACAGAGGCUAAGCAGAAACUCUGAGGAGGCUUUAUCCACAGUGUACAGGGGUGUUUUUGUUUAGAGAGACAAAAUGGACCGGCUGCUGAGGCUUGGAGGUGGGAUGCCUGGACUCGGGCAGGGUCCCCCCACAGAUGCCCCUGCUGUGGACACAGCCGAACAGGUGUACAUCUCAUCACUAGCCCUGCUUAAGAUGUUGAAGCAUGGGCGUGCAGGUGUGCCUAUGGAGGUUAUGGGUCUGAUGUUGGGCGAGUUUGUGGAUGAUUACACUGUGCGUGUGAUUGAUGUGUUUGCCAUGCCACAGUCUGGCACGGGUGUGAGUGUAGAGGCUGUGGAUCCCGUUUUUCAAGCAAAAAUGUUGGACAUGUUGAAGCAGACUGGAAGGCCAGAGAUGGUCGUAGGCUGGUAUCACAGUCAUCCUGGUUUUGGCUGUUGGUUGUCUGGUGUGGACAUCAACACACAGCAGAGCUUUGAGGCUUUGUCUGAAAGAGCUGUUGCAGUGGUGGUCGACCCCAUUCAGAGCGUCAAGGGAAAGGUUGUGAUUGAUGCCUUCAGACUGAUCAAUGCUAACAUGAUGGUCUUGGGACAUGAACCACGGCAGACCACUUCUAACUUGGGUCACCUCAACAAGCCUUCAAUUCAGGCCCUGAUUCACGGACUGAACAGACAUUACUACUCCAUUACCAUCAACUACAGGAAGAAUGAACUCGAACAAAAGAUGCUGUUGAACCUUCAUAAGAAGAGUUGGAUGGAGGGUCUGACUCUGCAGGACUACAGCGAUCAUUGUAAGCUUAAUGAGACCAUCGUAAAGGAGAUGCUGGAGCUGGCCAAGAACUACAACAAGGCUGUAGAAGAAGAAGACAAAAUGACUCCUGAACAGCUGGCUAUUAAGAAUGUUGGAAAACAGGAUCCCAAAAGGCAUUUGGAAGAGCACGUUGAUGUCUUGAUGACAUCCAAUAUUGUGCAGUGCCUCGCUGCUAUGUUAGAUACUGUUGUCUUCCAGUAAUAUCUUUUGCUGUGCAUCAUUGUUCAUAUUCAACGUCUGUUUUGUCUUUUUAACAAAUAAACCUAUAUAAAACCAAA